GUUUGAUUCAGUAGACGCUAUUUGAGUUCUCAUCGAACCAUCCAAAAUUACAAUCGUAUAACAUGGAGCUGUUAAACAAAAUUUCAAUUCUGUUCGGUGUACUCUACGCCAUCCAUUCAGGCCUGGGAGCUUCUACGUGCGAGCCGUCGGAGCCAAUAGAAAAAGAUUGGAAUUACGGUCUGAUUUUUUGUAGUAUAAAGUGUUACAGUGAAAUAUUUCCCAACUCAUCCUAUUUAUUCUAUGACAAGGACUUGAACAGGUGUACCUGCAUAGAUCAAUCCCGGGAGCUCAUCUUUGAUGAUUUCCAGACGGCACCUCAGAUUGAUCAAUUGAGAGAUGUGGAAUAUUUCGCUGAAAGGUGUUACGAGCAGACAUCGAGCAAUCCACAACAUUUUUACUUCGACAGAGUAGGAGGGAGAUCCGCCUGCAGGAAUCCGACGGGGGAAAUUAUCUUCGAUGAAAACAUUCCCGACUAUUCCGCAGGCACAACAGAAGAAGAGGAAGACCCUCUCUAUUAGAUCGUAUCGCCGCUCCAAUUUGGGAAAACCAAAAUGUCUCCAAUUGCAAGUGAAAAUAUAUAUUUUUAUAAACAUACAACGGAAUCCUCGAUUUGAAUUUGAACAAGAACAGCAAUUAAAUUG